AGCCCUGAACAAGAUGUUUGUAUACAACCACAAGCAGUCAGAGUGGAGGGAGCUGGCUGCCAUGAAGACAGCCAGAGCCAUGUUCGGAGCCGUCGUUCACAACGGAAAGAUUGUGGUGGCCGGUGGAGUCAAUGAGGAAGGCCUCACUGCUGCAUCUGAAGUCUACGACUUUGGAACAAACAAAUGGGAGACAUUCACAGACUUUCCCCAGGAGAGGAGCUCAGUGAACCUGCUGAGCAAUGAGGGGGCCCUGUACGCCGUGGGGGGCUUCACCAUUAUCCAGAAUGACAACAAGGAGGUGGUCCCCGCAGAGGUCACUGAUGUUUGGCAGUACGAGGAGGACAAGAAGGAAUGGAGCGGGAUGCUGAGGGAGAUGCGUUAUGCCGCUGGCUCCUCCUGCGUGUCCCUGCGCCUCAAUGCUGCCAAGAUGACCAAACUCUAG